CAGGAUGUUGCACUUGAAGACGCCUCCGGGGCCAUGUGCUGAUGUGGCUGGUUGUUGAGUGUCCCCUGCAAACGAGUUGGAGUGAGGGGCAACCAGACGAAAGCGACCUAUCAUGCCCUGAAGACGUCUUGCGGCCUUGGAAUGAGGGGGUCCCAUCCCACCAAGUCUGAAAGCAACCCGACUUGUCCAAUCCAUCGUACCGGGCAUUUGGCGGGUACCUUGUCAUCCCAGCAAGCAGCUCCCACUCCAGCACUAUAUUUGGACCAUUGAGGGGUCCUCGGCGGGGACUACAAGUAAGGUGAGCUAUCCUCCUGGCGACCUGACUUGUUUACUUCCACUCCGCCAUUUGCUUCUCCUAUUUAUUUCCACGUUGAAAUUGAAGUUUUUAUCAAACCAGCUCGUCCUCUGAUCAGUCUUUAGCUCUAAUCGCAGUGCUCGAAACCUCUCCCAUCGCCAUAUUCUCCUGGCCCAUCAUGGAAGCCAUCAAGUCCGCUCUCAACAUUGGCUCUAGCAAGCCUGCCGCCACCGAGCCCUCUGCCGAGCAGCUUACCCAGCUCAAGGAGAAGUACACCAAAGCUGGACAAGACCACGUCUUCACCUUUUACGAUGACCUUCCUACCCCUGAGAAGGCAACUCUUUUCGAGCAAUUGUCUGGCUUCGACCCCGAGCACAUCAACAAGAUCACAGACCGCGCUCUCAACCCUCCCAAGACCGAAGAAGAUGCAUCCGCCCAAUCUGGCCUCGAGCCAUUGCCCGAGUCUGCCACCGCCAGUAUCCUCGAUUCCAAGACCGAAGACAUUGAGAAGUGGUACCAGUCGGGUCUCGAACUGAUCGGACAGAACAAGGUGGCCGUUGUGCUGAUGGCAGGCGGUCAGGGCACCAGACUGGGCAGCUCAGCACCCAAGGGCUGCUACGAUAUUGGGCUUCCCAGCCAAAAGUCACUCUUCCAGAUCCAGGCAGAGCGAAUUCGUAAGGUCCAGGAGCUUGCCGCCAAAAAGGCCGGCACCAGCAGCGCCGUCGUGCCGUGGUACGUCAUGACCUCCGGCCCCACUCGCGGCCCCACGGAGAAGUACUUCCAGGAGAACAACUACUUUGGCCUUGACAAGGCCAACGUCUUCAUCUUUGAGCAGGGUGUCUUGCCUUGCAUCUCGAACGAGGGCAAGAUUUUGCUCGAGUCAAAGGGGAAGGUUGCCGUUGCUCCUGAUGGCAACGGAGGUAUCUACCAGGCGCUGGUUGUGUCAGACGUCAUGGGCGAUAUGCGCAAGAGGGGUAUUGAGCACAUCCACGCCUACUGUGUCGAUAACUGCCUGGUAAAGGUCGCCGACCCCGUCUUCAUCGGUUUCUCGGCAUCCAAAGAUGUCGACAUCACCACCAAGGUGGUGCGUAAGCGCAAUGCCACCGAGUCUGUUGGUUUGAUUCUGCUCAAGAACGGCAAGCCAGACGUUGUCGAAUACUCCGAGAUUGACAAGGAGACGGCCGAAGCCCAGGACACUAAGCAGCCCGGAGUCCUCAAGUUCCGCGCUGCCAACAUUGUCAACCACUACUACUCUUUCCGCUUCCUCGAGAGCAUCCCCCAGUGGGCGCACAAGCUUCCCCACCACAUUGCGCGCAAGAAGAUUCCCUACGCCGACCUCAAGUCCGGCGAGACUGUCAAGCCCGAGAAGCCCAACGGUAUCAAGCUGGAGCAGUUCGUCUUUGACGUCUUCCCCAUGCUGGACCUCAGCAAGUUCGCCUCUAUGGAGGUGAAGCGCGAGGACGAGUUUUCGCCGCUGAAGAAUGCCCGCGGCACGGGAGAGGACGAUCCCGACACCAGCAAGCGCGACAUCAUGCUUCAGGGCAAGCGCUGGCUCGAGGCUGCCGGUGCUGUUGUGACCGGCGCGAGCGAGGAGGAUGGUGUCGAGGUCUCCCCUCUCUUCAGCUACGGCGGCGAGGGUCUGGAGAAGCUCAGCGGCAAGGAAGUCAAGGCUCCUGCCGUGUUGGAGAUGGAGUGAAUAUGUAGAACGUAAUGACAUGGGAUGAUAGGCGUUUACGACCGAACCGCGGGUUUUAAUAAACUAUCCGGGUUGAUGGGCCAAAGGCUGCACAAUGAAGUGUGCUGCUUCGAAUUCUGGAGCAUAUAUAAAAGUAUUGAUUCGUUGCCAAGCUAGAA